AUGGAAGAUAUGUUAGAAAAGUAUUAAGAACUUUUCGCUCACAAAUACCUCUUAAAUGAAUGGCGUAUUUAAAAAAGAGCUUUAUUAAAUAGCUUGAGAGAUAAAAUUUGUCAAUCUUAUUAAGAAAAAAUAACUUCAGGAUAACCAUCUAGUUUAUUUCUAUAAAAACUAGUACAAAAGAGUAAAAUAAGCAACCAAACAAAAGCACAAAAUGAAUAGAAUCCUUAGAAAAAGAUUUAACUUUCAAAAAGUUAAGAUUCCUAUCUCAAUGAUAAAGAAAAUAUAAAAAAAGCGGAGUGCAUUUCUUUGUUGAAUAAUAAUUCGUUUUAGAAUGACUCAAAGGAAUAUUUAAGAGAGAGAAUUGUAUGUUAACAAUAAUGCAUUCAAAUAUUAGAGCUUCUUAUGGAGUAAAAACCAUAAAAAUAGCAAUAAGACCUUGGAAACAAUUGCAAAUUGUAUUCAAUUAUAAAAGAAAUAUCAAAAAUCUAAAUACUUUAAUUAAAAGGAAAAUAUUUAAAUAAUAAUAUUAACAAAGCAAAUUAUUAAACUAACAUUUCCUUAACUUAAAUUUAAAGACAGAAUUUGCUUAAUUUAAUUUACAAAAAUUAAAUAAACUAAUUCAAUAGAAAAUUAAUUCAUAUAGUUGAAAAUUAAUUGAGUUUUUCAUAAUUCAGCAGAUUAAAAAUUGAAAAGUCAAUCAAUAAUGGAAGAAAUAAAUUAUUAGAAGAAAAAACAUAUCAUACUCUAAAUGCAAACAAUAAUUUAACAAACAAGAAACAUUUUUAUUUCCCAUUUCGAAAUGAAUUUAAUAGGGAAAGCAAUAAAGUAUCAAAUAAAUUUAUUGUAUAAUCUAGCGAAAACAAAUUAAGCUAGGCAUAAUAACAAAAUUUGGUCUAAACACAUUUCAAUCAAAUGAAAGUUGAUUCACAUGAAAAAAGGACUUCUAAUAAAACUUGUAUUUAGCAAUAAAUCAAUAGAUAUGCUGAAAUUUAAUAAAAUGUUAGCUUUUAUAAUUGUGAUAAUAAGUAGCUUAAAGUAUUAUAAGAAUUAAAACUCUAAACAUAUAUAUAAUACUUCAAGUUUAAAUACAAUAAUUAGCUUAAAUGUCAAGAUAUGCAUAGCUAUGCUUAGAAGAAUAAAAUUUUAGGUGGAGGUGUCUGUUGUAGUAAAUAAAGAGUAAUUGUUGUGGAUCCAGCUUCGUAUUAACUAAUAAAAAAAUAAAUCAAGCACAAAAGUACAAAAAAUUAGAAUUAAGAUGAUAAAAUGAAGGAAGAAAAGCGAAUUAAUAAAAAAUUUGAAAAAUUUAAUAAAUCAUAUAAUGAGUUUUUUACCAUCAAAGAAGAUAGCGAUGUAGAAGAAAGCUUAAAUGUCUUAGAAACUGAAGUAAGAUAGAUAAUAGAAAAAACAUUAUAUGAUUUCAGAGAGUAAAUAGUUUUGUAAGAAAUUAGACCAAAAGUCAUAGACAUGAUAAAUUUACUAAUUAACUAUUUUCUUAUUAUUAAAUAAAACGAUUCUAAGUCAUCUGUGCAAUCUGAUAUUAAUGAGAUAAGCGAAAAGUUAUAAAAACUCAUUGUUUAUUGUAAAGAAAAUAAAGAGAGACAUCCUUGUUUAGAUUUAUUUUAAUAUUUUGACAUUUUAAAAUCUUUGAAUUCUUAAAGAGUAGGUUUAGAUCAAGCAAAUAAGCACGUCGCUAUGCAAAUUAUUGAGAAAAUAGUUGAAGUUGCUAAGUUUGGAGCUGGAUUUGUCAGUAUUGCAGGCGCUAUCUAAAAUUUAACAGAAAUCGAUUUCAAUAAACUGAAAGGUUUCAUAAAUGAUAUAAGAAAUAUAGUAGAAAAAUUAACUUUUGAUGUUUCUGUAGGGUCUAUCAACUAAGGGCUUGGUGUUUAUUCUAAUUAUAAUAGCAAUAAUAUAUCCAACAAUAUGUUAUCUCUAUGGCUAAAAAAGGUUUAAUAUAUGGGAGAGAACCUCUCUGAUCAGAUUUUAGAAAUUAUUUUCUAUUUGGAAGAGUGUGAUAAAAUUUAAAAUAAUGACACUAGAUUAUUUGUUUAUAUGCAAUUGAACUAUUUGCUGUCCAAGUAGCAAAUAAAGGACAAUUAUAAAGAACUGCGUUUGAGAUUAGAAGAACAGAAUAAGAUAGAACUUAUUAUCAGUUAAUAGAUGUUUUUAUAGGUGGAAGAGUAUUCUGAUGGAAUUAUUGAUUUGCUCAAAAGUGUAGCUAAUUUAAUAGCAUAGAGUCAUUAAUUUAGAUACAUAAAAGCUUAAUUACUUCUACAUUUUGCUUAAAUCUUAUCAGUCUAACACUAAAACGAAUUUAACGACAUGAUGAAUAAUAUCAUCUCAAAUUAUUUAAUGGAGAAAUAAAAAUCUGUAAAGAUUGUCAGCGAAUAUAAUUAAGUCAUGGCUGAGUUUAUUGAUAAUUAGCUAGAUUAAACACAAGUUUUGAAUCAAAUUAGUAAGCAAAAAAAAUAAAUAACUAAGCAUUUAGAUAAAAUAUCAGACUUCGAUAACUUUGCAUAUGAUAUUUAGAAUGAAAAAGAUUUAGAUAAGCAAUUAGCUAAAUAUUUUGUUUAAAUUUGGGAAUAAAGUGUCAAAUAAAGAUAGAAAAAUCUUGAAAUAACGCACAAAGAUGAUGCUUUACUUUAGGCUAUUCACUUGUAUGUUAAUUAAUAGAUAACAUAUUAGGAUGGUUAUAAAUUUAACACACAAGAAAAAGAUGCAGUGAAAUAAAUUUUUGAUUAUUUCCUCAUCCCUAACUUUGUAUUUUCUUAAGAAGAAGUAAAAGCAAAUGAUCAAGCUAAUUAAAUAUCUAAAUGUAAAAUCAUAUCGAUUUUGGCAGAAGGAGGUUCUGGAAAGUCGAUGCUCUUAAAAAAAAUUGAAGUCGAAGUUCUCAAUGAUAAUUCAAAAUAUAAAAGUGACAAUAGAACUGAUUUCAUACCAUUUAUAAUUAAAUGCAACUCGCUAGAUAAAGAAAAACCUUCAAUUGAAGAUUAUUUAGAAUCCUUAAGCACAAAGAGAAAAGACAUUGAUAAUUUAAAGAAAUCUGAGAGAAAUAAGCUAAUCAUGCUUGAUGGCUAUGAUGAAUAUACAGGUGAUUAUUUUAAGGUUUACGAAAAGUUAAAUCUUAACGAAUGGGUGAAUACCCUAGUUGUUGUGACUUCUAGAUUAGAAAAAAUAUCAAUUUCUGAUGCUAAAGUAUACUUUAAUUACUAUGAUAAUUAAGGAAAAAAAGGUCAUAGUGAUUCAUAUGGAAUCUUCAAACUGGAAAAAAUAACAAAUUAAGACAUUGAAGAUUACUUAGAGAAGUAUUAAGAUUAAUAAUUAUUAGAAAAUUAAGAAGAUUUUGAUUUAGAACAGCAUGAAAAACUUAAAAAAAUUAUAUUUAGUAAUUAUUAACUAACUGAAUUGCUAAAGUUGCCAAUCAAUUUGUAUCUAACAACAAGAAUGAUUUCAGAUAUUGACCUUAAUGAUGAAAAAACUUUGAACACUUUCUAGCAAGCUUCAGACUAGAUUGUCAUUUAAGAAUUAUUUUUCUCUUAGCAAUUCAAAAAAUAAGCUCAAAUAUUCGUUGAAUAAUAAAAAUACCUUACAUUAAAUGAUAAGCAAAGAAAAGAUAUAGCAGAAAUAGUUGAAUCUUGCUACUUUGAAUAUUUCCAAUCUGUUGCUAUGCAUAUGUUUAUUUAAAAGGGCUAAAAGUCAAACUUUCUUUCAACAACAAGAGAAUAGAUUAAAUUUUAGCCUCGAGAAGAAGUAUCUCUUUUCUUAUAAUAAAAUAAAAUAGAUGAAGAUGAAAUAAUUAAAAAAUUAAUAAAUUAUGUUGAUUCUAGAGUUAUUACGAGAAUUUAAUUGAAACUUGAAGGAAAAAACACUAAAAUGCAGAAUAAAGAAAGUUAAACUUAAAUGGAUUAAUAUAAAGCUGAAGAAAAUGAAUCAUAAGAAUUCGAGUUUAGACAUAAAUCUCUUUUUGAAUACUUUGCUGCUCGAGCCAUGAAGUAUGAUUUUGACCUACAUAAAGAAAAUAUCUUUAAGUUAGAUAUUUCAUAACUAUAGCAAUUCAACAUUAACAAAAGAAUCAUCAUGAGCAGUGAAAAAAAUGUAUCAGAACAACAAAUUCUUUUAAAGCUUUAUAAACUUAUGUAAUCUGAUAUUCAGUCAUAAUUUUUCUACUAAACAUACAGCUUAGAAGAUAUAUCUAAGACAAAUAAAUAUAUUUAAUACCUAAAUAAAUCGAAAAUUUCUAAAAAAACUGAAAAGAGCUAAAUAGAUAUUGGAGCUUCUAAUCUAUUGUCAGCUCUGUUUCUUUCUAAAUUCUCAUAUCCUAAUUUGAUUUUAAAUAAAUGUUCGUUUUCAUUAGCAUACAUUUAAGAAAGGCUAGCUGAGUUUUAGGAUUGCAACCUAAGUGACUCUUUAAUUGAAAAUGCAAACAUAAAAAAAUAUAAAAGUUCAAACACGAAGAAUGCAAUGUUUGGUGGUUUCUAAAAAUUAAUGGAUUCAGAUAACAUUUAUCAAUUUAACAAAGCAAUACUAUCAAAAAAUAAUCUUGUAUCUAUCACUGAGAGUGGUUUUAUUAAUAAAUUUGAGAUAGGUGAAAAUAAUUUCAAAUAAUUAUUGUCAAAGCAGAUAACUAACAAAUCAUUGAAAAAUAUUUAUUACGAAAGCACAAAAAGUAUUUUUGUUACUCAUACAAAAAAGUCUCUGUUUGAGAUAAAUUCCAAAACUUUUGAAAUAAUUUCUUCUUUCACAUUUGCUUCUCAUAUAUCGUGUUUAUCAAUUAAUAAACAAUAAUACUUUGUUAAUUUAAAUAACAAUUAAAUAUUUUAAGGGGAUUUUUAAAAAGGAUUUACGCUUUUAGAUUAAAACAAAAUUCAAGCUGAAUCGUCUAUUUCCUUAAAGUUAAAGGAUAUAAUAAUCACUUCUAAAAACAAAGAAAUCAUUAUUUAUAAUUAAUAAAAUCUUUAAAUUAUAAAGAAUAUUUAAAAUUUUCCAUCUGAUCUUGCAAUAUCUUCAAUUUCUAGUGAUGAAAAGUAUCUAGCAGCUAUAUCAGAAGAGAAAAAUUGCAUAAUUUUCAAUUUAGAAAAUGAAUUUGAUAUCUUAAAAACUAUCUAAACUGAACACACUAAACCUAUAACCUCAGUUGCCUUUUCUGAGAAUGGAAAGUAUCUAGCAACAAGUUCAGAUGAUAAUAGUUGCAAAAUCUGGAAUGUGAAAGAGGGAUUUGCACUCUUGAAAACUUUUGACUUAAGAUUCAUAAGAAUACAUUCAGUGACUUUUUCUACUGAUGGAAGAUAUCUCAUAAUUUGCUAUGGUAAUCGCACUUGCAAAAUAUUGGACUCAGAAUAAGAAUUUAAACUAGUAAAUAAGAUCGAAGGACAUACUUAGUAGAUUUCCUCAGUUGCCUUUUCUCCCAAUGAUUAGUAUAUUGCAACUGGUUCUGAUGAUAAAACUUGCAAAAUUUGGAGUAUAAAAAAUGGUUUAGAGCUAGUAAAUAAAAUUGAAGGACAUACUAGUCCUGUUACCUAAGUAGCUUUUUCUGGAGAUAGUAAAUAUUUAGCAACAGCUUCAAAAGAUUAAACAUGCAAAAUUUGGAAUAUUGAAAAAGGAUUCUCACUGCAUCACACACUUGAAGGAAAUAAUUCUGCAAUUUUGUCAGUUACAUUUUCUGCAGAUAGCAAGUAUUUAGCUACAGCUUCCUUUAACAGUCUUUGCAUAAUUUGGGAUGUAGAUAAAGGAUUCUAGCUUCUUCAUUCAAUUAAUGCACAUGAUUAAAAAAAAAUCUUCUCAGUUGCUUUUUCUUUUGAUGGUAAGUUAAUUGCAACAGGUUCUGAAGAUACAACUUGCAAAGUAUGGAACAUUGAAGAUGGAAUUAAGUUAAUAAAAACUAUUUAGGCAAGUCAAGGUUGGGUUUAAUCAGUGGCUUUUUCUCCAAAUGGCAAAUAUCUCGCAGCUGGCUGUUCAAAUAGUCACUUUUAUAUCUGGAAUGUUGAAAAAGGAUACGAACUUUUAGAUAAUAAAAAACAUGAAUGUAAGGUUAACGCUGUUGUAUUUUCUGCAAAUAGUUAAUACCUUGCAACAUCUUCAGCUAAUGAGAAAUGCAUGAUUUGGAAUGUAGAAGAGGGAUUGUAACUCAUUAGUAUCAUCCAUCAACCAGAAGAUAUUUAUUCAGUUGCAUUUAGUCAAGAUUCAAAGUAGCUCGUAACAGGUGGCCGUAAUACUUUUAUGAUUUGGAAUUUAGAAAAAGGAUUUGAGUUCAUAAAGAUGGAUGAGAAACACAAUUUUUAUAAUACUAAAGUUGCUUUUUCUUCUGAUGGUAAGCUUCUCGCAACUACAGAUUAUAAUUUUUACAAAAUAUGGAGUGCAGAAAGAGGAUUUGAGUUAAUAAAUAAAAUUGAAGCCCAUACAUUUGGUAUUACAUAGCUUGCUUUCUCUCAAGAUGGUAAUUAUUUAGUAACUAUUUCAGUCGAUAUUUGUAAAGUCUGGAGUAUAGAAAAAGGAUUUAAAUUAAUACAUUAAAUUUAAGGAUAAAAUUACUUUUUAUCGAUUGCUAUUUCCCCAGAUAGCAUGUUUCUUGCGAUAAGUACAACUUAAGAUUAUUCUUUAAAAAUAUGGAACAUUUAAAAAAAUUUUUAACUUAUUACUACAAUUAAUGACGUUUCAUAGUUAAGUUUUUCACCAGAUGGCAGAUAUCUAGCUGCUUCAUAUAAGAAUACUUUUAAAAUAUUUGAUGCAAAAAAAAAAUAUAAGCUAUUACGCACUAUUUAAGCACAUAUCUCAAAUGUUUAAAAAAUAACUUUUUCUAAUGACGGCUAGUAUCUUGCAACAUGUGGUAGUGGCGCAACUUGCAAAAUAUGGAGUAUAAAACAAAAAUUUGAACUAGAAAUAACCAUAGAAGGAGAUAAUUUAGAAUUUACCAAUCUUACUUUUUCUGCAGAUAGCAAAUAUCUUGCUACUGCUUCUAAUGACAAAACUUGUAAAAUCUGGAAUGCAGAACAUGAAUUUUCACUUAUAAGUACAUUUAAAUCAGAUUAAUCUAUUAAAUCAAUAGAAUUCUCUUCAGAUAACAAGUAUCUAGCUUUAAGUUCUUUUGAAGGGAUUUGUAGAAUCUUAAAUAUACAAAAAGAGUUUGAGAUAAUGAAUUUAAAUUAAUUAUAGAUUUGUGAAAUUAAAUCAACUACUGUUUCUUAGGUUAAUAGUUAAUUAAAUAACAGUAUUUUAGAAAAAUUAGCUAAAAAUAAUAAAAUUUUCUAAUAAAUUUAUUGCUUUUGA